UUUGACAUUUCACAACGCUCGUUCUCGCUGCUUGCUUUCCCUCGUUUUCUAGCGAGGAAAACAAAUUCGUUUAUAGGAAAAUUUAUCAAAUUUGCCGUGUUUGUAGCAGUGUUAACACGUAAACUACCUCGGCCGUUAAGGUGCAAAGAUGUCCGGUUUCACUUUCGGUACUCCAACAACGUCGGCGCCCGCGUUUUCGUUCGGUACGCCAGCAGCAACAACGAGCAUCGCUUCGAUAGCGCCCGUUGCGCCGGCGGCGGGUGCGCCUGCACCGGCGACGGGAUUUUCCUUCGGAACUGCUGCUGCUGCUGCUACUGCAGCUACCACGACAGCGGCAACUGCAUUGCCUGGAUUUAGCUUUGGAAAGCCAACCACAACGUCGGCUGCGGCCCCACUCUCGUUUGGUCUCGGAUCAACCACCACCAGCACCGCAAGCCCUUUCGGAGGGCUGAGCGUGUCUGCCGGAACUACAGCCACGGCAACAACGACGUCUACAUUUGCGGUGCCAACGCUUAAUUUCGGAACUGCGGCUACCGCUACGACCGGUGGUACCAACACGCUUGGUCUAGGAAAUGCAGCCGGGGGAGGCCUUUUCGGUGCUGCCAAAUCAACGACCACAGCCACGGUGGCGGCAGCUCCCACAACAUCCGCCACAACCACCGUUGGCUUGGGAGGAGUGGACAUAAACGCCAACGUACCCAAAUCGGUCGAAGGUAAAAAUGAUAACACGAAAGCAAAGGAAUCGCAAGUCCCGCAGGAAAUCAUCAGCACCGUAGAACAUCUGAAGGAGCACAUUAAGAAGCAGAAAACCAUCGGCUCCGACAUUGCACGCUCCUCCGCCCGGAAGAUGUCGAACGUAUCGAACGAAAUUAAAAACCUGACCAGUACUUUGGCGGAAAUGUCGAACAGCCUGACCAACAAUCAGAACGCGAUUAAAAUGCUUCGGCACGAAACGUCCGGCAUUACGCGCCAGGCAGAUAUGGCACAGCGUACGCAGGAAACGCCCGCCGGGCUGCAGUUCGAAAACACGCUGCCGUUGCAAUACUUCAUCGAGCUGAUCGCCAAGUACGAAUCUGAUCUAAUCAAUCUGAAGCAGCAGGUCGAACUGACGGAAAAACACAUGAACUCGCUCACUACGCCACAAUACUUUACGCCCCACGAUUUGAAGCUUUGUCUGCAGCAGAUCUACGAAAGCUUUGUGGCGCUGGCGGGGCGUUUGCACGAGCUGCACCAGAAGGUUGAGACACAGAAGGAACAGUACCUCAACCUGAGGCGAUAUCUUCUGCGCGACAAUACGGAUGUGUUCGAGAGCAGCGAAGGAGCGAAGGAAGGUGCUAACGUUGCGGACAAGUUUGCGCUCAACAUCUCUUCCGGACCGACACCGUUCUCGACCGUGAUGGGUAAUGUGAGCUUUGGUGUUUCGUUAAGGCAAACCGGUGCCGGAACAUCGCUAUGGUCCGGGGCUGGUGCUGGACUGCCGGGGGCAGACCAAAGCAAAGGUGCCUUCGGACAGACGAACUUUUUUGGAUUAAACACCGGAGCCGGCAGUGCGUCCGGUAGUGACGGGUUCGGAAACCGGUUAGGGUUUGGAUUCGGGACCAUGUCCGCCACCGGGGGUGAUGCGUUCAAUUUGCAAAAGCCACCCCUAGGGAGCAAAAGAAAUAAAUUGUAAGCUACAGGUUUACGAACAAGAAACAUUGCGAUGCGAUUGUGAGUGACGAACGGUGGAACAUAAAGUACUUUUAUUGUGACAUACA